UGAUAAUGUAUACGAGUGGUACAACAGGAGCUGCGAAGGGAGUGAUUUUGACACAUUAUAAUAUUGUGUCAUCGGUGGCUGGAUUGGGUGCCGGUGUACCUAUUAUCUCUUCUACCGAUGUAUAUAUUGGAUAUCUUCCGUUGGCGCAUAUUCUGGAGUUUGCAGCCGAAUUGACAUGUCUGACGCGAGGUUGCUGCAUUGGUUACUCAAGUCCGCUAACACUUAAUGACUGGGGCGCUAAAAUUAAGCGUGGUACACAUGGAGAUUGCUGGGCGUUAAAACCAACAAUUAUGGCUGCAGUACCGGCAAUAAUGAACAGGAUAUUCAAAGCUCUAAGCGAUGAAGUUGCGGCAGCUCCGCAGUUAAUGCAAGAACUUUUCCGAUUAAAUUAUGAACGGAAACGAACACGUUAUCAGGAAGGAUAUUGUAGUCCCUUUUUGGACAGAAUUAUUUUCAAAAAGAUUCGACGUCUUUUGGGUGGCAAACUGCGAACUGUAGUGAGCGGCGGAGCAGCACUGAAUCCAGAAACUCAACGUUUCAUGAAUAUUUGUUUGUGUUGUCCAGUUGUUCAAGGAUAUGGGCCAACUGAAACAUGUGCGGCGGUUUCUAUUGCUGACGCGAAUGAUCUAAGUACAGGAACUGUUGGUCCACCUGUGCGGUGUUCACGAAUACUUCUUCGUGAAUGGAGUGAGGGAGGCUACAUUCCAUUCAAUGAUCCUCCUCAAGGUGAAAUACUUGUAAGCGGUCCAAACAUAUCACCCGGAUAUUGGAAGCAACCUGAAAAAACAGCUGAGGAUUUCGUGAUCAUUGAUGAUGUGCGGUAUUUCGCUACCGGUGAUAUUGGUGAAUUUCGUGAGGACGGGUCACUUCGCAUAAUUGAUCGGAAGAAAGACUUAGUAAAACUUCAACAUGGCGAAUAUGUAUCGUUGGCCAAAAUCGAGACUGCAUUGUUGAAUUGUCCAUUGAUAGACAAUAUCUGCUGUUAUGGCGAUUCACUGUCGUCAUACUUGAUUGCACUUGUUGUACCUAACAAGAAACAUCUGACUGAAAUGGCUGAAAAGUUGGAUAUCGUCACAUCCAGUUGGACUGAUUUGUGUCAUAAUAUGGAAAUUGUUAAAGAAUAUCAGAAACGUAUGGAGGAGCAUGCUGUGAAAAACCAUUUGUUGAAAAAUGAAUUGCCGGGUAAGAUCUAUUUAUGUGAUGAAAUAUGGACGUCUGAGAAUGGUCUUUUGACUGAAGCAAUGAAACUGAAACGUCGUCAACUAAAAGAGAAGUACGAACAAGUUAUUACACAGCUUUAUCGCGAUGAGUCUUAUAAA